AUAUUUAUUUGAAGCACAACUUUGUUGACACGCGAAACCGGAAGUGACGUUUCUACACAGCUCUACGGUGGCCGUUUUCACGCGCUGCUGUAAACCUGCUGCUUCUUUAUCAGAGAUAAAUGAAUUAACAGCAGAAACAAAGUCACAACAAACAGGUCAGGAUGAUCCGCAGGUCAAGGAUCAGUGUGCGGCCCAACGUGAAGCCCACAGGUAGAGCUGCAGUGACGUCUCGAGAAGCUCCUCGAGGAAACGAGGCUCCUGCUGACCUCGGGGCCAAUGUGGAAGUCAAAGAUGGAGCUCAGGAGAACGUCACAGAUGUCACAGAGGCUGCUUCUACUGUUCUGGCUGCAGAAACUAAUGAUAACACAGAAAGCCAGCGCAGUGAUGUGAUAGGCCAAUCAGAUCUGAGCUCGAACACAGUGGAUGUGGCAGGCCAAAGUGUGUCCACCAGCUCUUUAUCCAUGAGGAGAAAGCGCUUUAAUGUGCUGCCCAACCUCAGCAAACCCAGAAGUACACCAUCCUCUACCCUCACCCCAUCUAAGCUCCGUAAAUCUCCUGCCAGGCCCGUAACUACCCCUGAAAUACCCUCUGCCUCCACCCAUAUUGCUGCUGUUGUUUCUGAAUCACCUGAUAAACAUGAACCAGCUCAGGAACCUGCACCAGAACUGCUUUCUGUCUCUAUCAAAUCAGUUAGACCUUCAGCUCCCAAACUGCCCCCUUCGUCCGUCCACAGCACUUCAAGGACCUCAAGAUUUCACACUGAAACCACAAAAUCUUCUCCUGAGAAAGUCUCAUGUACCCCAGAAUCUGCCCCAGAGCUCCCCCAUGCUCCACUUGCCCCAUCAGAAGGCAAAUCAAAACGGAGGAAACCCAAACCUGUAACUUCAGCUCGGGACAAAAAAGAGACAUUGUCAUGCACAUCGGACAAAGCUGAGCCCCAGUCAGCCAAUCAGGAUGCAUCAGAAUCUUCUUGCCCCAGUAAAGAAGUUUGCUCACCUCUCUCUGCCUCGCUUUCUGAGUCACUGAACGAACCUGUUGUUCAGGAUGGAAGUGACCUCAGCUCUCCAGGGGAAAGUAAUAAACCGCAGCAUGUCCCCCUGGCCCUGAGGACCCUGAACGACCCAGUGGACCGUCUCAGGUUAGCACGGGCCAAAAAACUCAGAGAGCUUCUCAAGAAAGAGAUGAAGAAAGAAAAAAAGCAUCAGAGAUCACAGACGGGAAUCAGCAAGAGUAAAAAAACAAAAGAUCACACCAAAAUGACCAUGAGAGAGCUCAUCUACUAUCUGCCCUCUACUAACCCAAUGAAGUCCCACACGGAGGACGAGCAGAGAGCCGAGACGGAUUUUCCUCCCUCCCCAAACGCGGCUCCAGCUGUCCAACCAGUGACAGACGAGAACACAGCGGAGGAAGAGGAGGAGCGAGAAGAAGAAGGGGAGGAGGAGGAAGAACCGAUGCUGGCUCCCAGAGUGAAGGUGGCGGAGGACGGAUCUCUCAUCAUAGACGAGGAAAGUUUAACUGUACGGGUGCAGAGGAUGAAGGGACCGAAUCCGGUGGAGGAGAGAGAUCCGAUAUUCGAGCGCGGUUCUACCACCACCUACUCCAGCUUUAGGAAAGGCACCUACACUAAACCCUGGUCCAACCGAGAGACAGACCUGUUUUUCUUGGCCAUCAGCAUGGUGGGGACAGACUUCUCCAUGAUCGGACAGCUGUUUCCUCAUCGAGCUCGGACAGAGAUUAAGAACAAGUUCAAAAAGGAGGAACGAGCAAACUCCUGGAGAAUAGACAAAGCGUUCAAAGAGAAACGUGGCUUAGACCUCGAUUUCUUCAGUAAGCUGCUGGCGCAGAUCCUGAAAAAUGACGAAGAGACACGCAAAAAAAAGAAACGCACCUCUGAGAUGUCCAAGCUUCCUCGCCGGAGACCAGAAGAGAGGAAGAGGAUCUAUUCUUCGGAUUCGGAGGAAGAGAGUUCGAGCGGUGACGCUAUGGACGGCGAAAAGGAAAACGAGAUCGCGCGUAACGAUGGAGGGAGCAGCGCUACUCCGAAAAGGAGGAGAACGGAAGCAUCACAGAAAAGAACAGAACAGGAAGCAGAGGAAGAGGACGAGAGAUUCUCCGACGAAGAGACGGCGCUCGUUAACGGGUCGGACCCGGUAGGAGAAGGGGAAGCCGAGAGCUUCGGCGCGAAACCGCCGCGGAGACGGAGGAACGGAGGUCCCGUGGUGCGGAGAAAAGCUCUGGACACACACACCUCCGUCAGGGAGGAGCACACAAAGGAGUCAGACACACAUGAUCCUUCAGCCUCCGUACCAGAGAAGACGAGACACGAUCCCGACGUCGUCUCCUGUGGGUUGCAGGACUCCGAGAACGAGGAGGAACCCGACGUGAGCGUCAUCCAAGAGCACAUCCUCAACAAGCCGACCAGGUCAGGCCGGAUCCCCAAACUGUCUCAGCAGAUGAUCCGUGCAGCAGCAGAUGAAGAGGAUAACGAGGAAGAAGAGCAGCUUCCAACUCUCCCUCUUACACCCGACGGUCGGACUCGAGGCUCUCGGGCUAAACGGGGCAGGUUCUGCCCCCAACGGCAGGGCAAAUCCAGACUGCUUACCUUACGUGCCUCGGUCGCUGAGGAUGAGGAUAACGUUGAGGAGGAAUACGGUACAAAUCAGGAGGAAGAAAACUAUCCUAUGAACGCGGAGGAGGAAAACCAGGCCUUCGUGCCGAUGGGACUACGUUCUGUGAGAUCCGUGCAGUCUGAGGUGGAGGAAACCAUGGAGGAGUUGGACAUCUCAGUAAAUGUUCCCGACGUCCUGGGAAUUUCCCAGAAUGCCGUGUGCCCAGAAUCGUCCUGCGAGAGGGCGCUCGCCAGCAUGGGCUCGGUGCCCUGUGAGCAUCAGCUCGACCUGCUCGUUGGCGUGAUCGAUUUCCUGCCGCCGGACAACAUGGAAGUGUCUGAAGAAGCAGCAAGGACUCUUUUGACCAUCGGACAUUCGGCUGAUGUGACCCAAACUGGAGAUCUGUCCAACACAGGUGACGUCAUCAUUGUUGAAGAGUCAUCAACUCCCGUCCAGGAAGUUCUCAUGGAAACGAUGGAUCAAUCCGAGACAGUCGAAUUCUGUGACGUGGUGACCUCUGACCCUUCCUUUAGCAUCACCUCACAACCCGAUUCAGUUAGUAGCAUCAGUAUGGAAGCUCCAUCUCCUCUGCAGGACUUCGCCUUUACGGUGGAACCAAUCGGCUGUCAGGAAAGUAAACUUCUGUCGAUCGAAAUCCAAGCGGAGACCUCGAACGUCACCGUUCCAGAUCCGACGGCUUCGAAGACACGAAGGAACCAUCUGCCCGAACCCAAACCCAACCUGAGCAGAGCCUCUAACACCACCCAGAGGGGACCUGCAGGAGCGGUCGACAGUUCUACAGAAACCUGCAGCACUCCAGGAAAGCACGAGGCCCAAACAUCUACAGUGAAAGUCUUCAGUCCUGAGGAACCUUCUCGUCCACGAUCCGAGGAACAGAACUCAGAGGUUUGUAAAGAAAGGGAUAGUGACAAAACUGAAGCAUGUAGCCCUGUCGUGCUGAUGGGGAAAAAGAUGGAGGAUGGAGAUUCAGGACAAAGGUCUUUUGGAGAGAAUGUGAGAAAAGAAGAAACACGGCAAGCACACGGCGACUCCGAACCACGUUCUUCAGAUUCCGAGCACUCUGCGAGACCUUCUCAGCUAGUCAGAAGAUGUCGAGGACCCAGAGCCAAACCGAACCUGGUGCGAAGCGUCAGAACCGCACACGCCGUCACACACAUCCAGCAGAACCGUCCAGCAGUUCCUGAUGAGAAGCAAGCCGGUGCAAACAGGUGUACUGGCAUCCUGCUGCCAGACGAGGGCGCUAACGUCGGCCCACAACCAGGAACUCCGAACAACCCUUUAACGGUGAAUCCUGAUGAGGAACCAGAGGAACCUCCGAGAUCUUCGUGUGAAACCCUGACGUCUGACGAGCCAGUGUAUAUCCUCUCUCUUACUGAGGUCCUGCCCACUCUCGCAGAAAGGGCGGGGCUUGUGACUGAGUGUAUCGCAUUUCCUGCAACAUCAGGAAUGAUUUCUGAACCAAUGAAUGUCAUUGAAGAUGCCACUGCUGAUGUGGGAGGUGCAGGGCCAGAUGGAGAUCAGGUCAUCUCUCAGCUCCUCCCCGACGCUUUGAUUCCCGUCUCAGAGGAAGGAGACGCCGAGAAACGAGGGAAUGAAACGAGCAGAAGAAGGGAGGAGGAAAGCUCGAGCCAACUCAGAAGAAGAGAACAUUCUCCUUUAACUCAGAACAUGCCUGCUCCAGAGGGACUCGAUCAACCACCUGUAGAACAUCUAGCAUCGAGGUGCACGACCGAGGAGAACGUUAAGGAGGUGGACCGUCCUACUAAGAGGAGAACAUUUCCAGAAAGAGGCAGAAGAGGAAAACUGCAGCUGGAACCCAACACGAUUCAGAGGACAAACCGUGGUGACGAGACGAGAUCCGCACCCCCUUCAUCACGUGAGAUGAAGACGUCCGAGGAAACGGAACCACAUCCUGCGCCAUCGGAGAUCACGACUGCAUCGGCAUCGACAUCGACAGAAGGUCUAUCAUCAGCCAUAUUAGAAGAAGAAGAAGAAGAUGAAGCUUUAUCAUUAGCUGCUUCUCCUUCUCAAGGCAAUGUGGAAAACAUCAACUUUCCAGGAACAGACCUCGUGGAGCCUGGUGCCUGUGGGGUGGAGGUGGGGUCACAACCUGUCCAUCAAACACCACCACUGGCUUCAACCGGACCUCUGACGAGACCUGGUAGAAGACCUAAAGGUUUCCUGUCCUUCAUGUCCAGCGCAAACACACAGAGACCCUCGGAGUCCACCCGGCCCACCACCUCUAAACCUGCUGUCGUCGCAUCUCGUAGAGGGCGGAGACAAGCCACACCGUGCACCUCCACUCAACCUCCAGCUCUACCUUCAGCUUCACCUCAACCUUCACCGCAACCUCCACCUUCACUUUCACCUCCACCACUACCUUCAGCUUCACCUCAACCUCCACACGUGAGCUCGCACGCGCAGGCCUCGACGUCAAGCGAGAACCCGAGCGUAGCAGAAGCAAACGAAGAGCCCACGAGUGUCUCGGCAUAUUUCUUCAACGACAUCUUCACCGUAGUGGAGGAACAGGACGAACUGGACUGAGGACGCGGACGGACCAGGGACGCUUAGCUGAGAAUUAACACGGACUCGCUAGCUCUUAUUCAGCAGUAUUAGUGUGUUUGGUGUGAGACGUGAAUCAGGGAAAAACACACUCCUGUACACAUUUCUGUCUUUUUUUUUAAAACACUGAAUUUAGAUGAAGUCGCGCGAUCACGUGAUCAGUGCAGUGCCAGUUCAUGUGGAGUUCACUUUUACCUCAGAAUUCUACAAAGCACUGAUGUUUGUCCUCUUCAGCAGAUCAUUUUAUUUCACAUCAAUCGUGUUUACGUCUAAUUCUGUAAAUAUGUCCCAGAAUUUCAUCAUCGCCGUUUCAUUACCCACGAUGCCGUGCGGCCCGGCCCGUCUUAUCGUCCGUACGAUUCGCGUUUUUCUCUCGUCGCGCUUCUUCAAUUUCGUGUGGAGAAAAUUCACAAAUCAGAAAGUUGGGAGACUUUGUUUCUAUAGCAACGGCUCGUUGUAAUAACGGGACGUGUAAUCCGGGCACUCGGCACAUUUCAACAACUUGUGACGUCAUAACGGCUUCAUCAACCGACCAAUCAGAGGCUUUAAAUCCGACCAAUCAGAGGCUUAUCGCUCUUAUCCUCUUUUACAUGAUUAUUAGUAUUAUUUUCUUUCCAUCAGCUCGUUUUUUUCCCCCCUUUCCUUCUUUCUCGCCGUCCUUCCUUACUUUCAUUCGUUCCCAGAAUCACAGCGUCUUUAUAUUUUAGCGUCUUAGGAACUCGUGGGCGUGGCCUGUUCUCCUCAGUUUGUGGAGGAAACACUUUUAAAAUAGAAAUGAGGAGAAUUUGCGUAAGCGGCGUCGGAGUCACGACCAGUGCAUGGUUCAUCAUCACCGUGUUGCCGUGUUGUUUUGCCGGGUUUUCUGCAUACACACAGGUCACCUGACGUUCUGUCUCCGCUCAGCUUUAACACAGAUAGAGUUCUCCACAGGAAGAACGUCUGGAUGUGUGUAGAUGUCUGUGAUGCGAUCCUGCCUGUACAGUCCACGUUGUUUUAAUUUUAUAAUCUUUUGCAUUUUUCUUAUUGUUAAUGACACAAGCAUCAUCUGUAAAGUGCUAAUUAACACCAUGUGUAAAUAUGUUAAUAAACAUUUAUUAUGUGCUUUUAGUUAA